AUGGAUGAUGUUAGCGGUGCUCUUGCUGUGGCUGAUAGAUUGCGGUCUCCAGACAUAAACCUAGACGUGUCUUGCAAGCUAUGCCAACAUCACUCAGAAACGACUUGUCAUGUCUUAUUUGGUUGUAGGGCAGCUGAAGAUAUGCUACGAUGUGCUAACAUUCCUAAUCCUAGCUCUGGUUUCUCGACAAUGCUAGAAGAAAACCUCUCCUUCAUGCUGGACUUGAUAGAAAAGCGUGCUAUCUCAGAGGACACAAGAUUGGCUAUUCCCUGGCUCUUAUGGAACAUAUGA